AUGCUGAAAAGGAAAUUAAUUGAACAAGUUCGUCGAAAAAAUACGAGAAAUUCACGAUGGAAUGCUGAUGCUCAUCUCAGGUAUGUUGGUUGUUUACAAGCUAAAAAUAUAAUCAAAUAGUUUUAGAGCUCAUGAAAGAACAUCGAAUAUUGAAGCAGAUGCGAUUGUUAGAGUGGAUACAUGUCAAUUAGCAGCUAAUAAUCCUAUUGAAGAUUUUUAUUCGGCUGCAAAAUGUCUGUCUAGUCGCGCAUUUCUUUUCGGUGUUUAUGAUGGACACGGUGGCCAACAAUGUAGUCGAUAUAUUUCAACCAAUCUAUUUCCAUAUAUUUGUGCGUCAGUUCUCAAAAAACACGAGAUUGCUGAAUAUCCGUCAGCCGAACGGCUUGAAUGGCUUUUCAGCAGUUCCGACGGCCAUCUGCCAAAUGCAUUCAGCGAAAAACACACUGAAAAUAUAGUGAAAUAUCAUAAAAAGUUUCGAGCGAGUCAGGAAUUGUAUCAAGGAACGGUGAGAGAGGCGCUGAAAUUGGCUUUUGAACAAUGCGAUGAGGAUUUGUCGAGAAAUGCGUUGCCAAGUGGAAAAGGGAUUAUCGAUCGAUUAUCGGCGAUGAUUGCGGCUUCUGGUUCUUGCACAACGUUGGCACAUAUUCGAGCAAGACAUUUGCAUGUUGCAAAUCUUGGAGAUGCUGCUGCUGUUCUAGGUUUGUUUUAAAAUCUGAAACACUUCUCAAAUCGUGAAUUUCCAGGAGUGGUGAAUUCAAAUGGAAGUGUUACCGCUCGCCAACUUUCGCGAGCCCAUUGUGUCGAUAAUGCAGACGAAGUCCAUCGAAUUCGAACAUCUCACCCCGCUUCCGAAUCUCAAACAGUUCUUCGCGGCGGUCGCCUUCUUGGCGAACUCUUUCCACUUCGCGCAUUCGGUGAUGUUCGUUAUAAAUGGCCGUUGGAAUUGCAAAAAGUUGUGCUCGAGCCAUUCGGACAUCCACCGCCCUAUCAUCUACUCACACCACCCUAUCUCAGCUCAUCUCCCGAAGUUUUCUAUCACAAAUUGACAGCAAAUGACAAGUUUUUGGUUUUGGCAACUGAUGGAUUAUGGGAAUGGUUGGAUCCGGAUACUGUUGUGAGAUUGGUUCAUGAUCAUACACUUGGAACAAUUACACAACAACCAUAUGUUCCGAAAUCUGGAACUACUUUGAAUGAGGUGAGCGAGAAAUAGGGAGAUUUUAAACCUUCGAAUUUUACGUUUCAAAAUUUUUGUUUACGGUUAUCUGUAGUUCCAAAAUUGCUUUUCGAAUGAUAUUUCGAGGUGUAUAAUUUUUGUGUUUUCUGAUCCCUAGAUCCCCAUAGAAACCCACAAUUUUCAGAAUUAUUUUACAAAUAUUUCACAGACCAAAAUCAUACUUUUCUAAUUUUUUGAAACCUGCAAAACUUAGGUUUCAAAAAAUCGAUUGAUCCUCAGAAAAUCUUAUUUUCAAUUGAAACUCAAAAUUUAUUCCAGGUUCGCGAACAACUUCGAGACCGUGCUCAAGGCGAAAAGAAGACGAAAAAACCAAUCGACGAGAACUGCGCGACCCACAUAAUUCGCCACGCUUUGGGUGGUGUCAGCGGCGGCGCCACCAAACAAUACGAACGUCUCAUCGAUAUUCUCCAAGUUCCACCAGGCCGUGCUCGAAAUUAUCGCGACGAUAUCACUGUUAUUGUGAUACACUUCAAUGACAGCUAUUUGAAAAAGUAUGAUAAUAGUGAGGAAUGA